AUGGAAUUCUCGGACCUGUCGGUGGUGCUGCCCGACAACUUCGUGGGUAUGGCAAAGGCAACUGCGUCCUCACGCCUGGAAGGCAAGGAUCGCUGCGAGGUUGUCCAGGAGGAGCUGAAGCGUCUCUUCGUCUCGGCACCCCUUUCGGAGACUUCCAAGGCCUCAAAGCCCAGCCGCCCCCCACGGCCACCGCCUCUCACGGACAUGGCGGAAGCGAGCAGGAAAGGAAGAUCAGAAAGAUUCCAGCUCUCGAAGGCACCACCACCUAUGCGAACGACACUUAUUCUGUCACAAGAGGAGCAGCGGAGGACGACAAGAGAGUGCCAUGGGCGCCGAAGUGGGACAAAGACUUGGAACCAGGAGGAGGAGAAUCGUGAGCUGCGCCGACAGCUGCGCAAGCUUACAUCUGUUGAGGCCGCUCGUCCGCACUUCGAGAGCGCUGCAGCUGAGAAUCACUGGCUCCGCCGCGAGGUGACGUCGAAGCUCCUUCACGCGUGGCUCUCCGCGGAGGGCACCAGUACGGCAUCGACUAGGGCUCCCACUCCGGCGAAUUCGACCCCAGGGUCUGUCGGAUCCUCGCAGGACAAGCAGAUCCCCUCGGAGGUGCCCUCCGACACAAACUCUGAGCUCCGUCCCAUCAUUGGGCGAGUCACAGACACCACAGCAUCAUUUCUGGUUGAGGUGGCCGAAGAAAUUGACAUCAACAUCAACGUCGUCCAGGUCUAUGGCUACAUGGAUCAGCACACCCACGAGCUGACACUGAUGGGAACCCAGAAGGAAUGGCUUCAUCAGCCUCCGCUGGUCUCCCUGGAGCUGAAACGGACCUGGUUUUCUCAGGGCAUGGCGGUCUGCACGGCCCAAAGGAUACGCCCUGGAUCGCCCGUGACCUUCCAGCUCCAAAAGCUGGAGCCAGAGACCCCGUACAUGGUCUUCAUCAGCAACGUCCCGGAGGCCGAGCUUCUGACACCCCUCCGGUUUCGCACCAUGCCGGCACGAGUGGAAUCACUUCGGCUCGUGGUCAUUGGAGACUAUGCAGCAUCGAACAAGUCGACUGCGCCAAUGGAUGAUGAGAACAACUCAGAUCCGUGGCAGCACCUGCACCACAUGGUCUCACGGGGUGCAGAGGUGCAGGUGGGCCUUCAUGUCGGCCGCACCUUCGCUGCGCAGAUGUAUGAGCAGAUUCGCAGCAGCUUGGUCGAGCAUCAGAGCUUCUGCGAGGGGCCGAAGCAGGCGAUGCUUCGAGAGGCCCGUUCCAGGCUUCGGGAGGCGUACCGCACCACGUUGGGGGGAAACGAGCGCUUCCGCAAGUUGUUGUGUGAGAUCUGCAGCAACAUCAGUGUGUUCAUUCCACCGCUUGACCUACAGACGCUCCUUCGCAAGACGACCGACGUGGAGGCGAACGCGGAGUUCAGUGCCAGUCUGCAACUGGGCGAUGUACAAGAGCUGCUGUGCCUGUCACUCGAGGUGUACCGUGAGUACCAGCGAGCCAUGUGGGACGGCAGCUGGCACUACGGCUUGGAUGUGCGCCAGCUGGGCAGGGGUUGGCACCAGGAUCCGGUGCCAGAGACAGACGUCGAGAAUGAGGAAGUGGAUGCCUCCACACUGGAGUUCCUGGUGGAGGCGGGCAAGGCCUCCUCGGACUCCGUCGAGGAGUGGCACAUCCAUCGAUAUGGGCUCAUCAGCAUCUUGGUGUUGGACACGAAAGGCAACGCCAUGACUGCAGCACUGACAAGCACUCAGCUCUGGCACUCAGCUUCCCAUGAAUGGGCAUGCAAGAAUCUGUCUGCGUCGUUGGCCGCUUCUUUUGUUUCGAACUUCCUGCCUUGUGCGCUCACUGGUGUUAGGCCAAGCAGCGUUCUGUCUCAACGCCAGUGGGCUGCAGUAGACGAGGCUAAUUCCAACGGGUGGGUGCUUGUGCCCCUCAGGCAUUUGCGAGGUGGCUCAGAAGUUUCCUCACAGGUGCUGGCCGACGAGGCCGUACAGGUCCUUCUACUGGUCGCAGACUCACCGCUGGCGCUGGAGGAGUGA